CUUCUACUCGCCUUUUUUUUUUUUUUUUAAACAAUUCUUACUUCGGCUGUAAAUUUACCCAGCCAGACGAAGCGUCUCAGCUCGAAUCUCAUCGCGACGGCUCGUGAUAUCGCAAUUAUUAGUAUUUUUUUUUUUUUUUAGAUUGAAAAAGCAGUUCUGAGAUACAACAUGGAGUCGCCUCCUGAUCCGACGAGCGAGCCGGGUAAGAGCGCCUCCGAGGCGGCGAGCGUGCUCAGGGAGAGCCCGCUGAACCUGGACGCUCUGCGGAAAGCCGAGCACCAAGCGCCGGUGCGCAGACACAGCUGCUCCAGCACCAACAGAGGUAUUUCAGUAACCAAGAAGACACAUACUUCUCAAAUUGAAAUUAUUCCCUGCAAGAUCUGUGGAGACAAAUCAUCAGGCAUCCAUUACGGUGUGAUAACAUGUGAAGGCUGUAAGGGUUUCUUCAGGAGGAGUCAGCAGAGCAAUGCGGCAUAUUCAUGCCCACGUCAAAAGAACUGCCUGAUCGACCGUACCAGCCGAAAUCGUUGCCAGCACUGCAGGCUGCAGAAGUGUCUGGCCGUGGGCAUGUCACGGGACGCGGUGAAGUUCGGGCGCAUGUCAAAGAAGCAGCGGGACAGCCUGUACGCUGAAGUGCAAAAGCACCGUCUCCAGCAGCAGCAGAGGGAGCAGCAGCAGCAGCCAGGUGAGGCUGAGCCGCUCACGCCCACCUACGGGCUCUCAGCAAACGGCCUCACCGAGCUUCACGAUGAGCUGAGCGGCUACAUGGACGGCCACACAGCUGACGGCACCAAGCCUGACUCAGGCGUCAGCAGCUUCUACCUGGACAUCCAGCCCUCGCCCGACCAGUCCGGCCUGGACAUCAACGGCAUCAAGCCCGAGCCCAUCUGUGACUUUACGCCAGCCUCAGGCUUCUUCCCAUACUGCUCCUUCAGCAACGGCGAGACCUCCCCCACCGUCUCCAUGGCCGAACUAGAGCAUCUGGCCCAGAAUAUCUCCAAGUCCCACAUGGAGACGUGUCAGUAUCUGAGAGAAGAGCUGCAGCAGAUGACCUGGCAGGCCUUCCUGCAGGAGGAAAUGGAGAGCUACCAGAACAAGCCCAGAGAAGUCAUGUGGCAGUUGUGUGCCAUUAAAAUCACCGAGGCCAUCCAGUACGUGGUGGAGUUUGCCAAGCGUAUCGAUGGCUUCAUGGAGCUCUGCCAGAAUGAUCAGAUUGUGCUACUCAAAGCAGGCUCUUUGGAGGUGGUGUUUGUCAGAAUGUGUCGUGCCUUUGACCCUCAAAACAACACAGUGUAUUUCGACGGAAAGUAUGCCGGCCCUGAUGUGUUUAAAUCAUUAGGUUGUGAUGACUUGAUCAGCUCCAUCUUUGAGUUUGGGAAAAACUUGUGUUCUAUGCACCUGUCUGAGGACGAGCUCGCCCUGUUCUCAGCGUUUGUGUUGAUGUCUGCAGACCGCUCUUGGCUCCAGGAGAAAGUGAAGGUGGAGAAGCUACAGCAGAAGAUCCAGUUGGCCCUUCAACAUGUCCUGCAGAAGAAUCACAGAGAGGAUGGCAUACUAACGAAGUUAAUAUGCAAAGUGUCGACCCUGCGAGCGCUGUGCAGCAGGCAUACAGAGAAGCUGACCGCUUUCAAAGCAAUAUACCCGGACAUUGUGCGUACCCACUUCCCGCCCUUAUACAAGGAGCUCUUUGGAUCAGACUUUGAGCAGUCCAUGCCUGUGGACGGGUAGCGGCCCCUUCGUCUGCCCGGCUCUGUGGGGCCACAAACACCGUGGGGAAUGUCAAGCAUGAAUCUGAGACACUUUACCAGUGCCCUGCACCUACACACAUACACAACGCAGACACAUACACAGAACAGGACAGCUAAGCUGCUGCACACACUUUCCUUUUUUGUUGUUGUUGUUGUUGUUCUUGUUGUUGUUGAUUUCCUUCGGGAGGGGGGGG